GUUCUAUUUAAACGUAUUCUCAUAUGCCUAUUUUGGAGUCGUAGCAUAACUGCCGACUGAGUGAAGAUCGUACCAGCUUCUCCACAUCUUAAAGAGUCUAGUUAGUUUAACUAUACUACGCUGUGAUCGGGUUAUUCGACAUGGCCGGUACCUCUAAUCGGCUCCGUCUGUAAGCCAGAAUGUAUGGUCUAUGUUGUAUUUCACAUGGGGACUAUAACAUCUCCGAACAAGGUCCUCCAACCCAAUAGUAUUUUGACAAUUACUAACAAGAUAGUUGCGAGCUAUGGCGCAUCUUGAAGCUAUCGCCUCUGAGGUAUCGUUGUAUCCAUAUAGCAAUGGGAAGAGGACGGGCAGCCGGGUUAAGUUCCCGGACACCGCAGCAUUCUCGUCGAUGAAUAAGCCCUCGCGUUUUGAGGGAGACAUCAUCAAUCUUGAAGUUACGGGCGAGAUCCCUCGCGAUAUCAAUGGAACGUUCUAUCGUGUGCAGCCGGAUCAUCGAUUUCCGCCAAUAUUUGAGGAUGAUAUUCAUUUCAACGGUGAUGGUAGCGUCACAGCUAUCCGCAUCAAAGACGGACACGCCGACUUUAAACAGCGAUAUGUGCGAACAGAUAAGUUUCUCAAGGAGGAAGAGGCACGACAGAGCCUAUUUGGUCGGUAUCGGAACCCGUACACGGACAACGAAAGCGUCAAGGGCGUGAUCCGCACCGUCAGCAAUACCAAUGUCACGUUCUGGCGAGGCAUGCUACUAGCAAGCAAGGAAGACGGCCCGCCAUUCGCCAUGGACCCUGUCACGUUGGAAACUAUCGGACGAUACGACUUCGAGGGCCAGAUCACGGCUCCGACGUUCACCGCACACCCCAAGUUCGACCCGGACACCGGCGAGAUGCUGUGUUUUGCGUACGAGGCAGGGACCAAUGGCUCCGACUGUGAAGCCGAUGUCGUGACUUGGACUAUCAACGCCGACGGACAAAAGACCGAGGAAUUAUGGUUCAAGGCACCAUUCGCUGGCAUGAUACACGACUGUGGUGUCUCGAAAAACUACACGGUGCUCCCGCUCACACCACUCAAGAUGUCCCUUGAGCGCCUUAAGGCCGGUGGAAAUAAAUUCGCGUGGGACCCGAAUGAGGAUCAAGUCUACGGUAUUGUACCGAGGCGCGGCGGCAAGCCGGAGGAUGUGAAGUGGUUCAGAGCUGACAACGGAUUCCACGGGCACGUCGCCGGGUGCUACGAGAACGAAGACGGACACAUCGUCUUCGACCUCACAGUCGCCGACGGCAACGUAUUCUUCUGGUUCCCUCCCGACGGCGAGAACCCCAAUCCGGCAGGGCGACAACGCCUAAGCAGCCCAACAUGUCGAUGGGUCUUCGACCCGAACGCCAAGUCCGGCACGCGCGUCAAGGCGUCCAUCGAAUGGACCACCAACGGCGAGUUCUCGCGCAUCGACGACCGCUACGUAACCAAGAAGUACCAGCACUUCUGGCAGCUGCGCGUCGACCCCACGCGCCCCUACGACUUCGCGCGCUGCGGGCCCCCAGCAGGCGGCCUAUUCAACUGCAUGGCGCACUACACAUGGGACGACGACGCCGCCGCCGCCGCCGCCACUCCCGGCAGAGAAGACGUGUAUUUCGCCGGCGCGACCGCGACGUUCCAAGAGCCCGUGUUCAUCCCUAAGGACGGCGGCGGGGAGGGCGAGGGGUACCUGGCGGCGCUGAAGAACAACCUGGACGAGCUGCGCAACGACGUGGUGAUCUGGGAUGCGCUGGACCUGGCCAGGGGGCCGCUGGCGACGCUGCACUUGCCGCUGAGGCUGAGGCUGGGGUUCCAUGGCAAUUUCGUGGAUCAUCGCGAUAUCGAGGCGUGGCGGGAGCGGAGGGAGGAAGACCUGGGGCCUGUGCGGCCGGCGAAGGAGCCGCUGCCGUGGCAGAAGGCGUUUGUGGCGAAUGGCCAUGGAGCGAAUGGGUCUUCGUAGGGCUCUUGGUGGAUAACGAUGGUGAAUUUGUAUACAUGGUAUAAUAAACUGGAGUUUUCUUAUGGCCGUAUAAUGGUAUAUAUAUCAGUUUGGUUGUCAAGAUGUUCUUUGGGUGGUACUUAUAGAGUGAUGCUACGCUGAGUACAUAAUCUCUUUAGGUGUUAAUUGGGCAGGUAUAGUACAAGACCCUUUAAACAUCAUUGGUCCAAGCUACCCAUCUAAUUCCAUAAAGAGUAUAUACUGACUUUUUACUGGGUCAUGAUUCGUUAGUCCUAUC